AUGGAACUUACAAUGGAGAAUAUCGGGAACCUCCACGGUGUCUCGCACGGACACCAAACGGAGGACCUGAUGAACUCUCCCCACGGCCGCCAGUCGUCACAUAGGAUGGUAUCGCACGGCCGCUCGAUGGUCUCCAGCAUGGCUUCUAUUUUGGAAGGGGCUGGAGACUAUCGCACCGACCACACAUUGUCUGGUCCUUUACACCCGGCCAUGACCAUGUCCUGUGACUCCGGGAUGAGCCUGAGCAGCACCUAUACCACGCUAACGCCGCUGCAGCACCUGCCGCCCAUCUCAACAGUCUCCGAGAAAUUUCACCACCAUCCCCACCCACACGCCCACCACCACCCGGCCCAUCAGCGUCUGGCCGCCGGUAACGUUAGCGGCAGCUUUACCCUGAUGCGGGACGACCGUAGCUUAGCAUCUAUGAGCAAUCUUUACAGUCACUACCCCAAAGACAUGUCCGGCAUGGGACAGCCGUUAUCUCCGUUGUCCAACGGGCUCGGCUCUUUGCACAACUCCCAGCAGACUCUCUCGGCCUACGGUCCCGGGACCCAUCUCUCCAACGACAAGAUGCUGCCCACGGGGGGCUUCGAGAGCCACGCAGCGAUGCUGUCGCGGAGCGAGGACCACCUUGCUCGGGGUUUAGGGGGGCAUGGUGCAGGCAUCAUGACCUCUCUCAACGGGAUUCACCACCACAGCCACCCUCACUCUCAGGCCAACGGCUCCAUGCUGUCCGACCGGGACAGGCAGUCUGGCGGGGGCGGGCAGGGAGGGGGUCCGGGCCAGGUGGAAGAGAUCAACACCAAAGAGGUGGCACAGCGCAUUACGGCAGAGCUGAAGAGGUACAGCAUCCCACAGGCCAUAUUCGCCCAGAGAAUCUUGUGUAGGUCGCAGGGAACGCUUUCGGACCUGCUCCGGAACCCCAAGCCAUGGAGUAAACUCAAGUCCGGGCGGGAAACAUUUCGGAGGAUGUGGAAAUGGUUGCAAGAACCCGAGUUCCAGCGGAUGUCAGCACUCAGGCUAGCAGCCUGCAAGCGGAAGGAGCAGGAGCAGCAGAAGGACCGCAACAUGGCGCCCAAGAAGCAGCGGCUGGUCUUCACCGACCUGCAGCGCCGCACGCUCAUCGCCAUCUUCAAGGAGAACAAGCGGCCCUCCAAGGAGAUGCAGAUCACCAUCGCCCAGCAGCUGGGCCUGGAGGUCAGCACCGUCAGCAACUUCUUCAUGAACGCCCGGCGCCGCUGCAUGGACCGCUGGCACGACGAGCACCACAGCGGCAGCCCCGGGCAGCCGGGCACCUCCGCCACCACCUUCUCCAAGGCCUGA